AUGUGCCCAGAGAGUCAAGAGGUGAUCAGCGGAGUUAGUGGUAUACAACAAACAUGUGACUUGGAUAGAUAUAUUGGCAUGCCAGUAUUUCAGAAACGCUUGAACAAGGAAACUUUUGGUGAUGUUGUGGCGAGAGUAUCGGCGAGAAUGGCGGGGUGGAAGGGAAGGGUGUUAAGUAUGGCUGGAAGACUUACCCUCACAAAGGCGGUGCUCUCAGCUAUCCCUAUUCACUCGAUGAGUACCAUUGUGUUACCUAAUACUACUUUGGACAAGCUAGACCAAUUAUCUCGGUCUUUCUUGUGGGGAAGUGAUGGGUGA